AUGCCAUGGUUGUCGAUUCGACGUCGAUUGCUCUUCAAUAUGUAUCAACGCACAUUACGUAGUUCAUCGCUUUGUUUUAUUAUUCUCUGUUUAACGAUUAUCAUUGUUAUACUUCUUUCCAAUCGGUUAUCGAAUGUUCAUCAAGAAUGCUCAAUCGGUUUGGAACAAGUUCGACAGCAACAACGAAUUUCAUUGAAUACUUCUUCUGAACAACCAAUUAUAUUUAUAGGUGGAAUGCCACGUAGUGGCACAACAUUAAUGCGUGCUAUUCUCGAUUCCCAUCCACUUGUUCGUUGUGGAGAAGAGACACGAGUCAUACCAAGAAUGUUGAGUAUGAGAGCAGCAUGGAAAAAAUCAAGUAUCGAAUGGAAUCGACUUAUGGCCGGCGGUAUCAGUGAAACGAUGAUUGAUUCAGCUGUACGAGCGUUCAUCUAUGAAAUACUUGUUGAACACGGAAAACAUGCUGACGUUCUUUGUGAUAAAGAUCCAUUUGUUUUGAAAUAUGCUUCAUACAUAUCCUCAUUGUUUUCUCGCGCAAAAUUUCUUCUUUUGGUUCGUGACGCACGCGCUGUUGUACACUCAGUAAUGACGCGAAAAGUAACAAUAACUGGAUUCAGCUUGAGUGAUUAUCGACAGAAUUUGAAACUAUGGAACAAAGGCAUUGAAACAAUGAUAACUCAGUGCUCCGAAGUCGGAAAAGAUAAAUGCUUCAUGGUGUAUUACGAACAACUCGUUUUACAACCGAAGAAGACCAUCGAAGCUAUUCUCAAAUUUCUAAAUAUUCCCUGGACCGACAAUGUAUUGCAUCACGAAGAACUUGUUGGAAAGAAAAUCUCUCUUUCGAAAACGGAACACUCGUCAGAUCAAGUUAUUAAACCAAUCAAUCUCGAAGCGUUAACAAAAUGGGUUGGUCACAUGCCGGCAGAUGUCAAACAUGAAUUAGACACAUUGGCACCGAUGUUGAAGAAACUUGGUUAUGACACGCAAUCAGAUGUCCCAAAUUAUGGUGUUGCGGAUCAACUAGUGCUUGAUAAUAUGAAUGCGCUCAAAGAAAAUGCGGCAUUCUGGAAUGAAAAGGCGAAGAUGUACGCUCGUCAAUUACCGAACAACACAAAUCUGUCCCAAAAUCAUUCAAGUACUCGACUUAUUCGCUAA